GAGCAGGAGGAGGAGGGUGAGGUUUGGGGGUGGGGGAGAACACGUGCCCCCGGCCCCUCCUUCCCUGCCCCUGAGGCUGCAGAGGGGUCCUCAACUGGGAAUGUAAAAUCUGGGUCUUUUGGGCAUUUUCUGGUCCAGUCUGGUCCCCUUCCCCAGCCAGAGCAGGCCCGAGGCGACCAGCCGGACAGGGCUGGAGCCAGAGACAAAAGGCAGCCGCCCACCCCGCCUCCCCAGACCCUCUCCUAGGCUCUUGGCUGGUCCUUCCCCACCAGGCCCGGCAGCCCCCCGAAACCCUCCAGCUUCUGCGGGGCCAAGGAGCAGGCUGCAGGGAGGAGGAGGAGGAGGAGGAAGAGGGAGCAGGAUUGGGAAGAGCCCGGCAGGACCCCGGCCUCACUUUAUGCACUGACCGGCUCGGGCCAGGGGCGCCGAGGCUGCCGAGGAUGGGGAAAUCCAACAGCAAGUUAAAGCCUGAAGUUGUGGAAGAGCUGACCAGGAAAACCUACUUUACCGAAAAAGAGGUUCAGCAGUGGUACAAGGGCUUCAUCAAGGACUGCCCCAGUGGACAGCUGGACGCAGCCGGAUUCCAGAAGAUCUACAAGCAAUUCUUCCCCUUCGGCGACCCCACCAAAUUUGCCACAUUUGUUUUCAACGUCUUCGACGAAAACAAAGACGGAAGGAUUGAAUUCUCCGAGUUCAUCCAGGCUCUGUCUGUGACCUCUCGAGGGACCCUGGACGAGAAACUACGGUGGGCGUUUAAACUGUACGACUUGGACAACGAUGGAUACAUUACGAGGAACGAAAUGCUAGACAUUGUCGAUGCCAUUUACCAGAUGGUGGGCAACACCGUUGAGCUCCCGGAGGAGGAGAACACACCCGAGAAGAGGGUGGACCGGAUUUUUGCCAUGAUGGACAAGAAUGCAGAUGGGAAGCUGACACUCCAGGAAUUCCAGGAGGGCUCGAAGGCAGAUCCAUCCAUUGUACAGGCCCUGUCCCUCUACGAUGGACUUGUAUAGUUCGGGGGCUGGAGCUGUGGUAAGCAUAAGAUUACCGGGGAAAGACCCUUUCUGUGCCAUCAGACCACCUGAAUAAUGAAGCUCCUCUCUGCGCGUCUCUCCCCAGCCCUCCUCCUUCCCAUUAAUGCACACCAGGGCUGCUGCCCUUACAGCACGAGAUCCCGCCACUCCCCGCUCUGCCGCGCUCUGAGGCACCCGUCUCCAUUUGCCAACCCCUGCUUGUCGAAAAAAGAAAAAAGAAAAAAAAAAAGGAAAAGGUGGUGUCAUUUUGCAAAACGAGGACACUUGCUGCUUUCCAGAGAAGCCUCUUUUGUCUCUCUGUCUUUUUCGCUCUCUCUCGCUUGAGUGCUUUUCCUUUUUUUUUUUUUAAUUUUGGACGGACGGUAAACACGAUUACCCUUCUAUUCCUAGAAAAUGUGGACUGAAGAACGAGCAGAUGGCACCGCCGUGCCUACAAAAACUCUGCACCCCCUGCCCGCUUGGCCGGCAGCUGGAAAGCUUCUGGGGAAUAAAUCUGGUGUCACGAUGGGGCAGAAGACCGCACAGCCCCGCUCAGAUCUGUGUUUCUUGUUGUCUGAUAUUUUAGCAGCAGAACAGCCUGUGUGGCUAGGAUUGUAAUUAUUAUUAUUAUUAUUAUUAUUUUGUGAUAACAGUAUUGUGCUUUUUUGUGGAAAAAGUGAGUUUUUUUAUAUAUACAUAUAUAUAUAUAUAUGAUCGAUAUCUUAAUUUAUUGGUUAUACCUGUUGCUGCUGUGUCACAUCUCGUGUGUCCACCCCUCAAGUGGUCAGAUGUGUAAGAUUUACAUGUGCACACACUCACGUACCUGCUCCAGGCCUGCGCAGGAGGACGGUCACCUGUAGUUGACCUGAAGCCAAAUAUAUUUUCCCAAAUACUGCGCUGGUUUUGGUCGGGGGGUAAGUGAAUGGUCUCAUGAGAGGGAAAUGCUCCCCUCUUUUCUAGCCUCUUUUCUCCUUUUUCUGGGCUCUCACCCUCCUGCUUAUCCUUCCCAGACGGGGAUCCCGCCCGAACGUUGCGUUUACCUCUGGCUUUGGUUUUGAUGUGCUCUUACCUUCCGGUAUCAAUCAGAGCAGAGAUGUGGGUCUUCUAGAAAUGACGGACUAGAAAGUGGCCUCUAAGGCUCUGAAACAGGAGACCGCCCAGAGGACUACGGAAUGUGUCUGUCCUAAGGUUAUAUCGUACGCUCCCUUGCACUUUGUACAGUGCUCUGCGCACGGUAAGCACUCAAUAAAUAUGACUGACUAAUGAGGAGGUGGUUCUGGGGCGGGUGGUAAAGAGGGCCUGCCUGUAUAAAGAAAGUUAGCAUGCACCACUGCACCUCCACUUUGGGGGUUGAGCUGAACUUUCCAAACAAGCUGAAUUUAUCACCAGCCCACCCGUUCCAAAAUGAUACUGAGGAAGUUAAUCCGUAUUGCUGUCUUUUCACCCUGUACUAAAUUAGACUCACCUGUCGAGUGGGUCUGAGUAGAUUUCUUCAGUCAAUCAAUGGUAUUUAUUGAGUGCUUACUAUGUGGAGAGCACUGUACUAAGCGCGUGGGAGAGUACACCCUUUUAGAGAGAUUUUUGCUGCGCUCUGGCUGGCUCCCUCCUUUUGAGACUGCAUCCAAGUUCUGCCAGCUCCGUUGCUCAUGGAAUUGCUUGAAAUAUCGGGAAAGAACGAGUGACUUGCCAUGGUUUCAGAGCUUUGAAGUGGGAGGGGGAGAGGCAGGAGAAAAAGGCUGCUGAAUGACGCUGCAAUUUGGUCUGAACAGGGAAGGCAGGAAUCAGCAAGGGAACACUCCAAUACUCUUUCUUCCCCCUGCUUCCAAUGGGUGAGGCUCUGCCACUAUCUUGCUUUUUGGUUCGGGCCUGGAUUUGAAGGGUUGAGUUGCAGGGAUAGGGCUUGGGCUGUUUAUUUAACCGGAUGGAGGUCUCCACAGAAGCUCCAUCCUGGCCCUCCCUGCCCGUUCUCUUCUCCAGGAGCUGAAAGGACCCACUCUGAGAUAAAUCGUUCCCUGAGGUGGGUAUUAUCUGCUACCGGGGACUCCACCCUGGCCCCAACUCUGUUCCUUUCCCGGCCUCCGUGCCCUGCCUGGGGCCCCAGGAGACAUCUGAGCCCACUGUUGGGUAGGGACCGUCUCUAUAUGUUGCCAACUUGUACUUCCCAAGCGCUUAGUACAGUGCUCUGCACACAGUAAGCGCUCAAUAAAUAUGAUUGAAUGAAUGAAUCAGAUGGGCCUAGAGUGCCCUCUAUUUCGUGGUCUUGUUCACUUCCUUUCCCAGGUGUGUUUUCCCCACAGUUGCUUUGGAGAAGUUUAUCCUCUAGCAUUCUGAAAGCCAUCCAAGCUCCGGGGAACGAAUUCUCUAAGUUCGGGGAACAAAUUUUUUAAGUUGACCACCUUUUAUUCCAAACACUUCAGACCACCAGGGCUAGCUGUCUCAGCCAGAAUUUCAGUUCCUUCCUUCCCUCCCCUUCUGCUUCUGCUCCUGCCCAAAUACCCCAUCCCUUCUAGCUGCUGGGUCACGGAAGCUCUCCUCAUCGCUCCACUCCCACGGACCUCAAACUCAUCACCGGUUUACUGUGAUUUCUCAUCCCACCUCCGGCCCUCACCUUCCGGUCCAUAGGGCCGUCUCCAUCCAUCGCUUUCUUCCAUCUGGGGCUGAGCCUCCCUUCACCCUGGGAGCAAUGUGAAGACUCUUGGGGUCCCCUGCACACCCUGACAACCCAGUCUCUCUAACCAGCCACAGGUUCGUUCCCUUAGCGUCCGUACCCCCAACCCCCAGCAUGGAGACCGGAAACGAGGAAGUGGGCACUCCUGUGGUACUUGCACAUAUCCAUCUCCUUGAGGAAGUCACUUCCAGCUGUCUCAUCCUGUAUCUCCCUUUCUCUCCAGCCAUUCUCCCUCUUAUUCGAUCAGCUUGGAAUCUUCCCAUCCUGGGCCCAGCUGGAGCCACUCUGCCAGCCAGGAGCAUGCAUGUCCAGAGAGUAAAGUGUUUCCCGCUUAUUCUGCCUGUGUUCAUCUGGAAGAGCACCAUUCCCCGGAUAGGAAGGCAGACACAUAUUGUUAUCCUUUAGUGACAGGAUUUGGUUCCCUGUGCCACACAAAUACAUCGCCUUUGGUGGUUCCUUGAUCCACAGGCCUAAAGUAAGGAGCUGAGGACCCUGAGUCCUCUAGACUGUAAGCUCGUUAUGGGCAGGGAAUGCAUCUGCUAUUUCUGUUGCAUUGUACUCUCCCA